AUCAUUGCAGUGACCGACUGACGACUCGAUUUCUAUGCCACGCAUUAUCCUCAUGCCUGCUCACGAGUUCCUCAGGCCAAGAAUUCGUCUACACGUUGGCGCUGGAUGGCUUUUACGAGCUCACAACCGCCGUAGCUUCAGCAGCGUGCCAUGCUUGCGCCUUUGCAGCGGCUGUAUCUGGGAUUCUGGAGGAGUUUUUCAACCCUCGAAGCUGGAUAUGAUCGAAGAUGUCACUCACUUCGGACGGGUAUAUAAGUCGUGUAUCGCUGCCUUGGCUCUGCAUUCGACAAGCUCCGACAAGUGUAUCGCACAUCCACAAGAGAAUCUCACCCGCUACAUACUGUGAUAUCUUCGCGCUGUGCAGAAUGCCUCAAGCCCGACGAACCUUCAUCAUCGGCGUCGGGUGCACGGCUUUCACCAAACCCAGAGGAGCCCGGGCCACGGAGGAUAUGGGACUCGAAGCUGCCACCAAGGCGCUUCUGGAUGCAGGCACGCUCUGGUACACUACAUCCUAGCCAACAGCUGUUCCAACUGCGUGGCCAGGGAUUACCUAUGAUUCGAUCGAUUCAGCUCUUGUCGGAUACUGCUACGGCGAUUCGACUUCAGGCCAAGCAAGUUUGAAACGGCUGGCAUAGGCCCGAUGCUGACUGGAUUGCAGCGCGCUCUUUAUGGACUGGGGCUGACCAACAUUCCCAUAACGAACGUCAAUAACAAUUGCGCGACUGGAUCCACGGCGUUGUAUCACGCGGAUCUGGCCGUCAAGUACGGACAGGCCGAGUGUGUCCUCGCGUUGGGAUUUGAGCGCAUGAGCCCUGGCUCAUUACGCACCCAUUUUCCCGACCCACCAACGUCGUUGCUCGAGAGUCACAGUUGGGAUCUUGAGACAAGUCAAGGUCUGGGAAAGAACCGCGGGCCCGAUCCGGCGAGGAUGUGCGCCAACGGCGCACAGGAGUAUUUCCAGAAAUUCGGCGGCGGGAUCGAGCACCUCGCGCUCAUCGCCGCAAAAAACCACAAGCACUCGGUCCAUAAUCCGUACUCCCAGUUCCGCGCCGGGUGGACGAAAGAGCAGAUUCUAGACGCACCCAAGGUGACGAACGAGUUGACGAAGUUCAUGUGCACCCCGACUUGUGACGGCGCAGCGUGCGGAAUCGUCGCGUCGGAGCAGUUCGUGCAUGCACAUGGGCUCGAGAACCAGGCGAUCGAGAUCGUCGCAAUCGGAUUAGCCACGGAUGGCCCAGAAUCAUUGGAGGGAAACAGCGCCAUGGAUGUGGUGACAUACAGCAUGACCCAGCUGUGCGCAGACAAGGUGUUCGAAGCAGCAGGCUUUGCGCCAGACGGGGGCAGAGACCAGGUGGGGGUGAUUGAGCUGCACGACUGUUUCGCUGCAGCCGAGUUGAUUAUGUACCCCGCGCUACGACUCUGUGCUGAGAACGAAGCCCAUAAAUUCGUUGAACGCGGAGACAACACCUAUGGCGGUAAAUUUGUGAUCAAUCCAUCGGGCGGGUUGGAGGCCCGGGGGCAUCCAUUGGGCGCCACCGGAUUGUGCAUGCACUUCUCUAUUGUGAUGCAGCUACGCAAUUGGGCCGGUCCAAUGCAGGCUCCCGGCCUAUUUGAAAGCCUUGGUGAGGAUGUGCGUGGUAAAUACGGCCUCGUGCACAAUUUUGGGCUCGGAGGCGCUGUGGUUGUUGCUCUUCUUCGGCGGCCGGAGUUCUUCAAGAUUGGGGGCGAGGAUGGCCGGAAUCGACUUGGAUAUAAUCACGCUUUUGAAUGCCGUCCUGUCACAAUGGCUGAUGUGGACAAAGUGAAAUCCGCGAGACAUUCACCAUUUGUUCUCAGGCAUUCAAAGUUGUAGGGUGCAGCCAGUUGUACGCAAGCUUGCACCAUGGGGUUUCACAAGACAUUGUCUAUUUUGAUGACUCCUGCCGUGUUAUCGGCCGUUUGAGAACUUGAUAUCAUAGACCAAGUUGCCAUCAAUCAAUCAACUGGUCUUAAUUUUUGACCAGUAACUAGGGAUUAUUUCAGAUCCACACUUCGCGAAUGAGAUGAGAACGCGUUGUUUGAAUUUCCUGUAUUAGAACUGGACAUCAUUUCAACGUCUUUUUCUGCGCUCAGGGUCGC